AAGCAUGCAUUGACUUUUGUGUGACAGACGGACAGUGAAGAGGCUCGAUGUCCGUUUUGGUUGCUGACAUAAGCAAGAUAAAUAUCGUUUCGACCAAUCGCUGCGACUCCGAGUCUUGACAACCGGACAUGCGCUGUCAAAAAUGUCCGCCUUGGAAGAUUUCCUCACCAACCAAAACCCACACCACAAUAUACGACACUCGUCCCAGCGCCAACCCGCGCCGCAGAGAUGGACCUGCAGAGGCCACACGAGGCAGACAAGCCAUUGACGCAUUCGCAGGUCCACAAUAACGCAUUCGCUUAUCUGGCGCUCGACGAUUCGGCUUUCAAGUCAAGGCCGAGACGGCCCAAACCCGCGGUCGGAGGCUGAGAGUACGUCCGGAUAGGCAGGCUUUAGGGGCUUUUGCAGGGUCUUUGUAAGGCUUUUGGGUUCGUGCUUCGGAUCCUCAGCCUUCUCUGGUGGGUCGCGGUGAUACUGUAGGUAGGUACGUAGGGGACUGUUUUUUUUAUUUUCCUUUUAUAAUACAUACUUAGCUGGUCCCCGAGCCUGCUUGGGGUGGCCUGUUUCCAAAUCUUAAUUCAUCGACUAACCACCUUUUCUUCUUGAAUAUCCCCCCUACCACCACUUUAUUUCACUUCGUUUCCCUUGAGUCCCUUCGAACUUAAAUAAAUCGAGGGCUGCAAAACCAGGAUUCAACAGAGCCAGUAUGGCUGAACGUGAGGCCGAGGGCUUUGCGCCCAUCGUUCGAGAGAAGACGAACAAGAGUAUCAGGAGCACCAAGAUAUCACGUUCGUACAGCAACACAUCGUAUAUGUCCAGGAAGAGAAGCAAUCGAGGCCACGAUGAAUCCGACGAGGAGAACGAAGCCGAGCCAAUUUCAGAGGAUUGGAGUAUGAUGCCGGAGAUCAAGGCCGUCGCCGCGCAGGGAGAGAAGGACAAUGUCAAGGGUCGGAGACUGGGCGUUACCUGGACGAAUCUGGUAGUCAAGGGUAUCGGAGCGGACGCUGCAAUCAAUGAGAAUGUCGGGUCGCAAUUCAACUCAGUGAGGGCAUUCAAAGAAGCGCGCCGUGGUGCGCCUCUGAAGACUAUUAUUGAGGGUUCCAGCGGGUGUGUCAAGCCUGGAGAGAUGCUGUUAGUGCUUGGUCGGCCAGGAGCUGGGUGCACAUCGCUUCUCAAGAUGCUUGCCAACAAGCGUCUAGGGUAUGCUGAGGUUAAAGGCGAUGUGCACUGGGGAACGCUUGACCACAAGGAAGCCGAGCAGUUCAGAGGCCAAAUCGUUAUCAACACCGAGGAGGAACUUUUCUUCCCAUCACUUACUGUUGGGGAGACCAUCGACUUUGCGACGAGAAUGAAGGUACCGGCUAAUCUGCCAUCUAAUAUGUCGAAUCAGAAGGAGUUUCAACAAGAUACUCGCAGUUUUCUCCUGAAAUCUAUGGGAAUCUCGCAUACCAAUGACACCAAGGUCGGAAAUGAAUAUGUACGAGGAGUAUCUGGUGGUGAAAGAAAACGUGUCAGCAUUAUCGAGACACUCGCAACCAGAGCCAGUGUUUUCUGCUGGGACAACUCCACCCGUGGUCUCGACGCCAGCACAGCUUUGCAAUACACUAAAGCUAUCCGAGCCAUCACCGAUAUAUUUGGACUGGCAUCAAUCAUCACUCUCUACCAAGCCGGUAACGGAAUUUACAGCCAGUUCGACAAGGUGCUUGUUCUGGAUGAGGGAAAACAAAUCUUUUACGGUCCACGAAAGGAAGCGAAGCUAUUCAUGGAAAGCCUGGGAUUCAUCUGCGCAGAUGGAGCAAACGUUGCAGAUUUCUUGACGGGUGUCACCGUCCCCUCCGAACGCAUGGUUAAGCCUGAAUUCGAGAAAUCAUUCCCGCGCACUGCAGAAGAUAUCAAGCAACGCUACUUGCAAUCCAGCUUGAAGACAUCCAUGGAGAGCGAAUUCAACUACCCGACAACUGAUGAAGCGAAGACCAACACUGAAGACUUCCGCAUCAGUGUUUCGCAUGAGAAGCACAAAAGCUUGCCAAAGAAGUCACCUUUGACUGUGAGUUUCGUCACUCAGGUCCGUGCCGCCGUCAUCCGCCAGUACCAAAUUCUGUGGGGCGACAAGGCGUCGUUUAUCAUCAAACAGGCUUCGACUGUCAUCCAAGCCUUGAUUGCCGGUUCUCUGUUCUACAAUGCUCCUAAUAAUUCCGCUGGUCUCUUCGUCAAAUCUGGUGCCUUGUUUUUUGCCCUCUUGUUCAACAGUUUGCUCGCCAUGUCUGAAGUCACAGACUCUUUCUCCGGUCGCCCUGUCCUCGCAAAACACAAGUCUUUCGCAUUGUACCAUCCUGCAGCUUUCUGUAUAGCACAGAUCACGGCGGACAUACCUGUACUUUUGUGUCAAGUCUCUGUCUUUACGGUUAUUUUGUAUUUCAUGGUCGGACUGAAAAUGGAUGCCGCCUCGUUCUUCACUUUCUGGGUCGUUGUCUUCGCUACUUCCAUGGUAAUGACUGCACUGUUCCGCGCUAUCGGAGCUGGUUUCACCACCUUCGAUGGUGCAAGCAAGGUAUCUGGAUUCAUGAUUGCGGCACUCAUCAUGUACACUGGUUACAUGAUCCGGAAACCACAGAUGCACCCUUGGUUCGUCUGGAUUUAUUGGAUAGAUCCUCUGGCAUACGGCUUCUCCGCUAUUCUAGCGAACGAGUUCAAGAACACCAUCAUCCCCUGCGUCGGCAACAACCUCGUGCCAAACGGUCCUGGCUACUUGGAUGCAGCGUUCCAGGCUUGCUCAGGAGUUGAUGGUGCUGCAUCAGGCGCGACGAGUCUUACCGGCGAAGAAUACCUUGCGUCUCUUUCAUACUCACCUGAGACUAUCUGGCGAAACUUUGGCAUCCUUUGGGCUUGGUGGGUUUUAUUUGUCAUUAUCACUAUCGUCUCGACGAAUGGCUGGAAGACAACAUCUGGAAACAGUGGCUUCCUUUUGAUUCCUCGCGAGAAAGCUAAGCAGACGAAGCAUCUGACUGAGGAUGAGGAGUCACAAGCUGUCCGUACCGUCGACCCACCUACCUCGAGCGGCUCAUCCCAGACCAGAGUUGAGGAUGAACUCAUCCGCAACACUUCGGUUUUCACCUGGAAGAACCUUACAUAUACAGUCAAGACACCGUCCGGCGAUCGCGUUCUCCUGGAUAAUGUUCAAGGAUGGGUCAAGCCAGGUAUGCUGGGAGCUCUUAUGGGAUCUUCAGGUGCCGGAAAGACUACUCUCCUCGAUGUCCUCGCUCAGCGCAAAACCGAUGGAACGAUCAAAGGCUCAGUCCUCGUUGAUGGUCGCCCUCUCUCAAUCAGUUUCCAGCGAUCAGCUGGUUACUGCGAACAGCUCGAUGUCCACGAACCUCUUGCGACAGUCAGAGAAGCCCUUGAAUUCAGCGCCCUCCUCCGCCAGCCAAGAACUACCCCUAGGGAAAAGAAGCUUCAAUAUGUUGAUACCAUCAUCGACUUGCUCGAGAUGCACGACAUUGAGAAUACUCUCAUCGGGACUACUGGUGCUGGUCUGUCUGUCGAGCAACGCAAGCGUCUCACUAUCGGUGUUGAAUUGGUUUCUAAGCCCAGUAUCCUGAUCUUCCUUGACGAGCCAACUUCUGGUCUCGAUGGCCAAGCUGCUUUCAACAUCGUCCGCUUCCUCCGUAAACUCGCAGAUGUCGGCCAAGCCGUCCUUGUUACCAUCCAUCAGCCAUCCGCCCAACUCUUCUUGCAAUUCGACAGUCUUCUGCUUCUCGCCAAGGGAGGAAAAACCGUGUACUUCGGUGACAUUGGACAAAACGCCUCAACCCUCAAGGAGUACUUCGCUCGCUACGACGCGCCUUGUCCUAAGGAUGCUAAUCCAGCUGAACACAUGAUCGACGUGGUAUCCGGUUCCCUCUCUCACGGAAAGGAUUGGAACCAAGUCUGGCUUGAGUCCCCCGAACAUGAGCGCACUGUCAAGGAACUCGACAACAUUAUUGCCGAAGCUGCAGCCAAGGAACCAGGUACCAAGGAAGAUGGUUUCGAAUUCGCCAUGCCGCUCUGGGAACAAAUCAAGCUGGUCUGCUCUCGUGCCAACUUAUCCAUGUGGCGUAACACCGACUACGUAAACAACAAGAUGGCACUGCACAUCGGCUCCGCUCUUUUCAACGGUUUCUCAUUCUGGCAAAUCGGCAACAGCGUCGCAGAUCUUCAACUCCGUCUGUUCACAGUCUUCAACUUCAUUUUCGUCGCACCCGGUGUCAUUGCCCAGCUUCAACCCCUCUUCCUCGACCGUCGGGACAUCUACGAGACCCGCGAGAAGAAGUCAAAGAUGUACUCCUGGAUCGCCUUCGUCACCGGCCUCAUCGUCUCUGAGCUACCAUACCUCGUCCUCUGCGCUAUCCUCUACUUCGUCUGCUGGUACUACACCGUUGGUUUCUCCAACGAUAGCGGCAAGGCCGCCUCAGUCCUCUUCGUCAUGGUCAUGUACGAGUUCGUAUACACCGGAAUCGGCCAAUUCGUCGCAGCUUACGCCCCCAACGCCGUCUUCGCCUCGCUCGUCAACCCCGUCAUCAUCGGUACCCUCGUCUCCUUCUGCGGUGUCCUGGUGCCAUUCGCACAGAUCACGCCGUUCUGGAGAUACUGGAUGUACUACCUCAACCCGUUCAACUACCUGAUGGGAUCCCUCCUUGUCUUCACGACGUUCUCCGAGCACGUGCAAUGCACGGAGCAGGAGUUUGCGGUGUUCGAUACUCCGAGCGCGGGCCAGACGUGUGGGGAGUACCUCCAGGGGUAUAUGCAGGGCAUGGGUGCGAAGUCGAACUUGACGAAUCCGGAUGCGACGAGUGGGUGUAAGGUGUGUGUGUAUCGCACCGGUGCGGAUUACCUGGCGACGAUCAAUUUGCCGGAGUAUUAUUAUGGGUGGAGGGCUGCGGGGAUUGUGGCGCUGUUUGCGUGUAGUAGUUAUGCGAUGGUGUAUCUGUUGAUGAAGUUGAGGACUAAGGCUACGAAGACCGCUUCGUAGACCUCGUUCCCUCUCUUCGACCUUCGUCCUCCUCACCCUCAUCAUUAUAUUUACGCCUCUAUCUUUUCCUUUUUUCUACCAACAUGCUUCAUCACGAACCUGAAUUUUCUUUUGUUUUGUACAUAAUGAGUCAUUGGCAUGGCAUGGCGUUUACUAGAUGGAUCGAUACCAGCGGGGUUGGUUGAAUUGUAUGUAUUGUAUAGCACAGACAUAGAUUGGGAGGAUAAGUCACGCACAGCACAGAAGGCGGAAAUAGAAGCCUUAUAGUUCUUUUUUGGGAAGGACAAUUUGUAAUGAAGAAAAAAAACCCAACAAUUAAACUCUUCAAUUUUUGAGACAGCAGUGAGAUGAUGCAGAGUCUGAUUCUUGUCCUCUUCUUCUUGCUAUUUUGUUAUGAAUAUCUUUUCCAUGUAGGUGAU